UGUGCAUCCAGCAGCCAGGAGGCGCCCACGCUGUCCUCAAUCCCCGCCGUCUCGCAGGCCAAGCGCUCGAGCUUCCGCCCCAUCCCCGACCGCUACGAGACGCUCGCUGAAGUGCAGCAAGAUCUGCGGUCCGCUGGGCUGGAGUCGUCCUCGGAUGUACAAUCGUCGUUGUUGUACUUUACCAAGUCCAACCAAUGGACAGGAGAGAAGAGUCUUGGUGGCAGAUGCCUGCAUGAAAUUGAUCCCAAUGGCGUAUUUAUGAACCUGUACCAGAGCGUCAUCUCUGUGAUCGGCCGCGUGUUGGAAGCUUUUGACGAUGACAACAUCAUCCCAGCGUUUGGGUUUGGGGAUUUGACGACAAAAGGUGAUAAAUGCUUUCCGUUCACUUCUGGACGUGGAUGCCACGGGUUUGAGGAGGUCCUGCGUCGCUACAAUGAGAUGCAGUUGGCACCAUGA